AUGGCCACGACAAUCUCUCCAUCUGAUCACACAGCCACCACCACCAACACCACCACCACCGUCAAGCCCCAGCGCGUGCUGGCGUGCGUGCUAUGUCAGCAACGCAAGAUCAAAUGCGACCGCACAUUCCCCUGUGCCAAUUGUGUCCGGGGCAACAUGCAAUGCGAGCAAGCCAUUCGCCAGCGACGGCGCAGACUUCCCGAGAGAGAGUUGUUGGCCCGUUUGCGACUCUAUGAACGCCUCCUCCGACAACACAACAUCAAGUUCGAUCCCCUCCACUCCCCGACCGCUGACCAUCCGACUCCCAGUGAUUAUGGCCGCGACGACCUGCCAGAGGGAGCCGAGUCAGAGGACACUCCUGGUGAUACAAAGGCGCAUGCAUCGAGAGAGAAGACCGCAGUCAAGACCAAGUCAUUGUAUGAACUCGGGUCCUGCAUUGCCUCACUACAGCCUGUCAAUCCUGGAGACGACGAUGGCAACGCGGGCGAGGACGACGAGAAUGACACCGGUUUCCUGCACGAUAACGAUGAUGUGCGGCCCGCCGUAAUCCAGAAGGCGUGGCACCACAUGUUUCAGGGCCAAAACAACGACCACCUUCUGUUUGGCUCGCCGGUUGGCAUAGUCAAUCUCUCUGCUGCACAUCCAAGCCAAGUGCAUAUCUUCCGGCUGUGGCAGGUCUACCUGGACAACGUGAAUCCGCUGCUCAAAGUCACACACACACCCACUCUGCAGACACGAAUCAUUGAUGCCGCCAGUGAUAUCGCCAAUAUCAGCCCCACCUUCCAAGCGCUGAUGUUCAGCAUCUACUGCGUCUCCCUUGCCACCUUGUCGGAUGAGCAAUGCAAUGCACUGCUCGGAACCGCCAAAACAGAACUCUUGAGCGGCUAUCAGUUUGCGUGCCAGCAGGCGCUACGCAGUGGCGGUAUUCUACGCUCCAGCGACCGCGAGACUCUGACCGCCCUCUAUCUCUACCUAGUUUCGAUCCGCCCUGAAACCGACCCCGCCUCGCUGUCCUCGCUGCUGAGCAUCGCCAUCCGAAUCGCGCAGCGCAUGGGCAUCCACAACGAGUCCACGUACGGCAAAUGUUCGGCGCUGGAGGCGGAGAUGCGCCGACGACUGUGGUGGUCGCUCAUCGUCUUCGACAACCGCAUCUGCGAGAUGUCCGACUACAGGACGGCCUCGCUGGCGCCGACCUGGGACUGCAAGGUGCCGCUGAACGUGAACGACUUCGAGCUGCAGCCGGGGAUGAAGAGCCCACCCGCCACCAACACCCGACCCACGGAGAUGCUGUUUGCCGUGGUGCGGAGCGAGCUCGCCGACUUCGUGCGUCACAGCGCCUUCCACCUCAACUUGACCAACCCCUCGCUCACCGCGAUCGCCCCGCGUCCCCCCAGCGACGAAGCCAACCGACUAGUCGCUCUAGAACGAACCCUGCAGGAAAAGUACCUGGCCUUCAGCAACCCGGAGAACGCUCUGCACUUCAUGACCCUCUGGACCCUGCGAGGAUCCCUGGCCAAAAACCGGCUCCUGCAGCACUACUACGCCCAAUCCUCCAAUACCCCCGUCCCCCCGACCGACGCCCAGCGCAACACGGGCAUCGCCCACGCCCUGCGUAUGCUCGAAUGCGACACUACGCUCAUGACCUCGCCGCUCACGCAGCCCUACCGGUGGCUGGUGCACUUCCACUUCCCGUUCCCGGCGUACCUCCACCUGCUGCAGGAUCUGAGGAAGCGGCCCGUCGAGCCCCACGCCGCGCGCGCGUGGGCGGCCAUGAGCGACAACUACGCGGUGCGGAUCAUGGACGCGAAGCAGCACGAUCGGCCGUUCUUCGUCGUCUUCGCGCGGGUGGUCUUGCAGGCGUGGGAGGCGCGGGAGGAGGUGGCCGAGCCGCUCGGGACGCCGCCGCUGGUGCCGCCCGGAAUGGUCGAGCAUAUCAGGAAUCAGGUCCUGCAAAUGAAGACCAGUUUCGGGCGGGAUACGGCUGCGGCGGCCGGGGUGAAUGCCGAUCGUCUCCAACUGCCGGUGCAGAUGGACUUCGCUGCGCCUGCGCCUGGGCCGGCGGACGGCGCGGGCGGGCUCGACGCGACUGGGUUGGACCCGUGGGGGUACCCUGAUAUGUCUGGACUAGGGGCUAUGGAUGUAGAUGCGGAUCGGUUUUUGUUGGAAGCCAUAGACUGGAAUGCGCUCCAUGCUCGAGGCCGGUGA